UUGAACUCACUGUGAGUUAAAGUGCGCAAUUGAAAAUGGAUGAGAAAGAUGAAUCUAAAACAGUGUUGUAUCAGUGCCUCGAUGCUCUAUUUACGCGCCCCAAGGAGACAAUUCUAAAACCAAAGAAAUCUCUCGGUGAUCGAUACUAUCAGUUCCAAGUAUCUGAUCAAUUUGUCUCGAAGAAAUAUCAAAAAUACGGAAGUGCCUUUCUUGAGCAUUGCAACAAACCCAUUGAUAAUGGCGUGAUCAUUAAGAUUGACGAUUGUGAGAAUGUUCCCGAUCUGAGAUUUGCCGAUGAUAUCAAGCUGGAAGAAUUAUUCUCGAUUUAUAUUCCGCUUCAUCGGAAAAUUGCAAAUAAACUCCUUAAAAUCUUCAUGGAAUGUCCAACAAUUAAGGAACUGAUAUCCCUAAUUGUUUACUGCCAUGAAAGGGUCAAUGUUUACCUAUUCAAUUGGGUUCUCUGUAUUACCGUAGUUAAUCAUCCUCACACAACAGAUUAUGUGCUACCUGUUGUUCCAGAAAUAUUUCCAGAAAAAUUCUUCGAUGGCAAGGUUUACCAACAAGCUGUACAAUCGUUAGAAUUGAUCCCAAUUGAAGACAGGACACCCAUUGAAAUUGAACUGAAUUUUACGGCAACACUCUUUGAACCUGAGCAACGUUGCGCAUACUUCCGCGAAGAUAUCGGACUCAGUUUCUACUAUCUCAUUUACAACUUUGCUUUUCCAUUUAGUGGUACUGACGAAAUAGUUAAGAAAUACAGACGAGGAGAGAUUUUCUAUCACGUUCAUCAGCAAAUUCUGGCCCGAUAUAACUUUGAACGUCUCUGCAAUGGCAUGCAUCGUACGGCGAGACUUAGCAAUUUUGACAAACCCAUAGAGGAAGCUUACUUCCCUAAACUCAAUAGAGCUGUUGGUAGUCAAAAUUAUCCUGCCAGAUUUCAAAAUACACCCCUGGAUGAUUUAUCUCGGGAAAAGGAUAAGCUUGUUGUUGAUCGAUCUGCACUAUCUCGUUGGAGGGAUCGCAUUCUAGAAGCAUGCGAUCGUGGUUUUCUUAUCAAUUCUCACAACAAGACCGUCGAUAUGAAUGACGAUACAGGGAUCGAUGCUCUGGGCAAUAUGAUCCAAUCUUCAUCUCUAUCACCCAAUCCUGAUUACUAUGGUGACUUAGCUAAUAUGGGCCACAACUUCAUUGGUUACUGUCACGAUCCAGAUGGGAGGAACCUCGAAGGGUUCGGAGUUAUUAGUGAUCCCGCUACAGCUCUCCGUGAUCCAGCAUUCUACCGAUGGUAUGCUCUGAUUGUCGAUAUUUGCAAUCAUCACAAGCGCUACUUGCCAGCCUACACAAGGAGUGAACUAAGUUUUCCCGGAAUCAAAAUAACAGAUGUAGAAACAUUUAUUCUAACGAAGCAAGGAUCACCAGUUAAGAAUGAAUUGCUAACUUACUGGGAGAAGGAUGACGUUAACAUAUCUAAAGGCCUAGACUUUUCCCCAACGGAUCCAGUUUUUGUCCGAAUAACUCAUCUACAGCAUCAAAAAUUCAGUUACAAAAUUUUGGUUGAAAAUAGUGGAUCACAAACUGAAGCAUCCGUAAGAAUUUUCCUAGCACCCAAAAGGGAUGAAAAUGACUUACAAUUUCCCUUUGAUGAUCAAAGGGAAUUCUUUAUUGAAAUGGAUUAUUUUAACGUAACCCUUCGACCUGGAUCCAAUACAAUUGUGCGACGGUCUAGUGAUUCGAGUAUCCUGGACUGGCUGAAAUGCUCAGUAUCGAACAAAUUCCGUCAGCAGCAGAGCGAUAAACCGAAUAACUACACUGGACUAGGUUGGCCCCUAAACCUCCUAAUACCCAAAGGAAGGCCAAGUGGAUACGAGUGCGACCUGUUUGUAAUUGUUGGAAAGGACCUAAUUAAACCAUAUGGCAGUGAGAGAAACCUCGGCUUUCCCUUCGAUCGACCAGCACCAACAAGGAUUCACUACUUAUCUGACUUUUUAUGCGAGAAUAUGUUUGUCCAAAAAGUAAAUUUAUUUUUCCUUGAUCAGGUUUUGGACAAAACCGAGGGAACUGCUCAACCAUUCCCCAAUUAAUAUUUCGAGGUUUUAUACAAUAGUUAUGUUGAUUUCAUGAAUUUAUGUUCCAAUAGUUAUGUAUUUCAAACAAUAAAGCGUAGCUGUUUAACAUCUAUUGAAAAA